ACCGUCGUCCGUAUGUUUUAGGGCCUUGGUCGUCCGUAUAUUGAUGCACGGCCUUAGCCUUGUGUAGCAUUUUCUUUCUAAAAAUAUACAUAUUAAAACUGUGGGCAGUACGGGCAGUACCCAAGGCCCGUAGUACCUCAGGGUAUAUGUAGUACCAAUAGAUGAGAUGGCCUUGGGUAGUAAAUCUAUGACCGUGGCCGGGUAGUAAGAUAGUAGGCUGGCUGCCUAUCUCCUGCAAUGCUAAAAUGUACAAUAGACACACUGAAAAUCUCAAAUCCAUUCCAUUCUUCUUCUAGACUGCUAAAUAUUUUACAGCGACCCAAGCAGAAGAAGCAAAUAUUUUACAAGUUAAGGCAAUGGCAAGUGGCCUCGGUCCCAGUGCUGCCGCAGUGGCGCCACCUUCACCUGUCGCCCGGUGACCCGCGGCUGGCGGCGUACGCGGCGCGGGCGCGCGCCGAGCUGCGCCACCUGGAGGCGGAGCUGGUGGCGGGUCGCGGCGGCGGCGCGGUCGGCCGGCGCCGCGGCCAGCUGGCCGGCACCGUGCAGCUGCUGGACCUGCUCGAUCGGCUGGCCGAGGAGCGCCGCCAGCUGCAGGAGCUGUGCGCCGACCCCGAGCUGCGCGAGCUGGCCGAGCUGGACGCCGCCCGGCUGGAGGCCGACGCCGAGAGCGCGCUGACUGAGCUGGAGAGCCGGCUGGCGGGCGCGGCGGCCGCCGACGCGUGCUCGGCGCUACUGGAGGUGACCGCCGGCGUGGGUGGCCAGGAGGCGAUGCUGUUCGCCGCCGAGCUGCUCGACAUGUACGAGUGCUGGGCGCAGCGGCGCGGCUGGCGCAUGGAGGUGGCCCAGCACGAGACCACGGGACUGGGCGGCGUGCGGUACGCGGCCGCCACUGUGCACGGUGAGGGCGUGUACUCGCGGCUUAAGUACGAGGGCGGCGUGCACCGGGUGCAGCGCGUGCCGCGCACGGAGAAGGGCGGCCGACUGCACACGAGUACUGUGGCCGUGGCCGUGCUGCCGCUGCCGGAGGCCGUCGACGUGCACCUGCCGGCCGGCGAUCUCAAGAUCGAAACCAAAAAGGCGAGCGGUGCCGGCGGCCAGCACGUGAACACGACCGACAGCGCAGUGCGCGUGGUCCACCUGCCCACCGGGCUGGCCGUCGAGUGUCAGGAGAUGCGCAGCCAGCACCGCAAUAAGGAGCGGGCGCUGGAGCUGCUGCGCGCGCGCCUCUAUCAGCGGCAGCUGGACAAGGCUGAGGCGGAGCGGGCGGCCGCCAGAAAACAACAGGUGGGCAGCAGCAGUCGCUCGGAGAAGAUCCGCACGUACAACUUCCCUCAGGACCGUGUCACCGACCACCGGCUGGGUCUGAGCCUGCACGGCCUGCCGCUGGUGCUCGCUGGAGAGCGGCUAGACGAGAUCCACGACCGGCUGGAGGACGAGGCGCGCCGUCAGAGGCUGCUUGACGAACUGGAGGCGCCUGCAGACGCUAGCUGACCGACGACAGACACAGAUGGAGAGUAUGAAGGUUGGUACAGGCGGAGGUGGCGCUCGCCAGGUGUGUGUAGUGAAGAUCAUGCGGGGGACAUAUGUGAGUGUCGCUUUACGGCUGUCAGUAGCCCGAUGAUCUAGACGGGUUCCGCACCAAACAGCGCUGUGGGCUGCUCCCGACUUAAGGUACGUCGAAGUGCGUCCUGCUGCCGACUUUGGGGAGUCAUUUGCGAUUGGCAACUGGACAUUGUUGACGGACGUACAGCGCAUUGACUGCUCCAAUCUACUCUCAUUUGCUGGUCAGAGGAACGAAAGUCAGGCACCAAUUGUGAUAUGCAAGUUGCGGGGCUAAGUAACCCCCAAUUUCGCUCGUCUGAUGUAGAAUUUUUAGUGCUCAGUGCGUGUGAAGCCCUGUGUUUGGUGUGAAGUAAGAUGUGUCAGGGUAUGAUAAAUAUGUAGUACUCGCUAUACGUUAUUUGUGUGUUGCAAGCUCAUGAUCAUUGACGAACCCAUGGGUGCCGAUGACUACCGCAGUUCGGGCGCCCUAAACCCCCAAAUCUUCAUCACAAUUGACGUACCAUUUACGAAUAUUUGUGGAAACGAAGUGUUUGUAUCCGAUCCGCUGCCGUACCGGUGCAAUACACGCGUGACUGACUCA